AUGAGUAGAAAAGGAGUUAUAGCCAAAAGAGUGAAGACUGUCCAGACGGCUCUAUCGAGAAUCAGCGCCCAAACCGCGCAGUCCGGCUGGCCGAGGAACGAUGUUCCGCGCUCGGCCAAAGUGUCCGUCCGACUGAAGUCUCGGCCAAAGUCCAAAACCGCUCGGCCGAUCACGCAACACGACCCGGGAAACAUUGUCCCGCGGUCGGCCAAGCACACCGUCACGCCAGCCGCGCACGACCAGCCGCGCGAGCCGGGAAACAAGCCUCGCGGCCGCGCAACCCUCGCGUACCACGGCCGAUGCAUCCGUCCGAGCCGGGAAAGAACGUCCCACGUCCGGCCGAGAAACCUCAUCGGCCAAAUCUCAUCCGCUCGACCACGCCGGCCGACCGUGAAUCAUCCGGCCACGACCGUUCCGACUCGGCCACGACCCGACUGUCCGGCCGAUCGUCCCGACCGACCGUCCCAACGCCGCGGUCGACCCGAAGCCCGUUUUGAAGCCCGAUUUCAUAUUUUCAAGCCCGGCUUAACCCUAAGCCGCCUCAAAAGACCUAGCACUAUAUAUAUAGCUUUUUAG